GCCAUGGGAUCAGAUUAUUUUAGAUUUUUAGUAGUAUUUUUUUGGACCCGAGAGCUAUGCUAUAUUAUAUUUACUUCAAAAAAUUAUUUUACAAAAAAAAUCCCUCUUUUUUUUAGUUAUGUAAUUGGCAAUAUAAUAGGCUCUGGUAUAUUUAUAGCCCCGUCAACAAUAAUUCGACAUACAGAAUCUGCCGGUCUUUCCCUCCUUGUUUGGGUUAUUGGUGCUUUAAUUGCUUUUCUUGGUUCUUUAUGUUAUAUAGAAUUGGGUACAAGUAUAAGAGAAGCUGGUUGUGAUUUUGCCUAUAUUUGUUAUGUUAAGUGGUUGGUAAUAAAAACUUAAAUAAAAUGUUAAAAAUAGAAAUCUUGGAUGGAUUUAGUCCAAAAAUCUUGGGUAUUGAGAAUCUUCCCCGUUUAACGGAACAAAUACUAAUUUGUGGAAUAACCGGGAAAAAUGAGAGGGAUAGAGUAAAAAUGACUAGAAGGGAUUGGGAUCGGGGCUGUCCACAAUUGCGGAUUUCGUAAAUUGCAUGGUUGUUUUUUGAACUGGCGGAGCUGCGGAAAUUUUUUUCCACUUGCGGACAGACCUGGUUGGGAUAAGGUUGGAGAUAUUAAAAAUGAGAGCGUCUACCUUA